AUGACACCAGCCGGCCUGGCCAGCAUAAAUCGCCGCAUCAAGAAGCACCUCCAGCGUAAGAUCGAUUUAUACGUAGAGCGCAGCGAAGUCCUACGCGAACGCAAGGUGGCCGACACGGCUGUAGCUGAGAAGCGCAAACAUGAGGAUGAGGCCUUUAAGGCGGAGGUUGGGAGGGCGAAUGUGAAGCAGCGGAAAUUACAGGAGGAGCUGAUUCGGCUUGCGGGAGGGUUGACGAAGGGGGAAAUGCCGUUGAUGGCUGAUCAAGCCUCUACGACUGCAAGGGCUCUGAGGAAGAAGGAGAUGAGGCGGCGGAUUAGGAGGAUUGCAAGAGAAGGGAGAAAAAUGCAGGCGGCAACGAUGUCUACUUGUCGGUAUGUUAUCCGGCCGAAGGCUGUGGCUGUCGGCCGUGAGCAAAUGAGCCAUGGAUGCCUGUCCUGUCACCACCAUAGAGAUGCCAUUGAAAGGCGUUUGUCGACAGCAGGGUGGUCAGAUACAAGGGAGCAUCUCUCGGUAUCCAAUGUUAAGCUAGAAGACACUUCCAUUUCCUUCAGAUAUUACACGUGGAAAAACAUCAUCAUGUCAUCCCCUCCGACUCCAACACCCAACCCCCUCAUCGACCUCCCCGAAAUCCUCCUCCUUUGCAGAGAAAAAGAAAACAUAGUUGCCUUCCAGGACGCCCUCCGCAAGCACUGGCCCGCGGUCACCUUCUCCUCCCCUUCUUCAUCCACCACCACCUCCCCCCAACCGACCCAACAAGCCGAGCAAAAGCUAAAAAUAAUCCCCCUCAACGAACGCCUUAACGCCAUCCCACAUACCCAACCCUUCGACCUCGUCGUUUCCCCCGCCAAUUCCUAUGGCCGUCUUGACGGCGCCUUCGACGACGCCAUCUCCCGCACCUUCUGUCUGCCCGACCACCCGUACCUCACCUUAACGCGUGCUGCGCAGAAAAUGCUCUACGAGCGCUGGCGCGGCUAUGCGCCGCCGGGCACCUGCACACUGGUACCGUUUCCGGAAGAGAUUGUGAAUGCGGGGAAGGCGCUGGGGGGCUGUAGGUGGAGAGGUGGAAUCGAGAGGUCAGAGAGGAAAGGGGAUGGAGGGGAUGGAGGGGAUGGCGGGGAGGAGGAGGGGAAGAAGGCGAGGAGGAGGAGGAGGAUUGAUAGGAUCUUAAUGCCCCCGUUGGCGGUUGGGGUAGGGAAAGUUAGUAAGGAGAGAUGGGCGGGUCAGGCUGUGUUGGCUAUGAAGCAUUUUGUGGAUGCGUUGGAGAAGCCGGAGAGGUGGGGGAGGCUGGACUGGGAGGAACUUGGGAAGGAUUCAUUUGAGGUUGAAACGACGUGGAAGCCUGAGGAGAGGAAAAAGUAG